CCUCAACCCAAAUGAAAGGAACACAAAUGGCUCCUGGACGAACAACCAAACGGAGACGGUUGAGUCCUCCAGAUGACGAGCAAAAUGACUCUUCUCGCUCCUCUCACACCAAGCUAGGUGACUUCUACUCGCCCGCCGCCGAAUGGGAUCUCGAGCAGGACUACGAACGCCGACCGCGCAAAUUGAACGGAAAGGACAAGGAGAGGACCAGGCUACCUAUUAAGACAGCAGAAGGUGUACAGAAUGUGGAGGAUGUCGAAUCUGAAGCUGAGGAUGCGGACAGUUUCCUUGGGACUGACGACGAUGAUGACGAGGACGGCGACGAGGAGGAAGACAGCGAGGGAGAUGAAGACGACGACGACGACGACGAAGAAGAGACCCCUAAGAUUCCGGUGAAAUUGCAGAUUCUUCAAGCGAAAGAGGACCUUGCGAAAGUGGCCACAUUGAUCAAUGAAGAUCCCGAAGAGCAUAUUUCGGCGUUCAAGACCAUGGCGGAGAUGGUGGAAAAGGGCUCACACGUUGCGGUGAGGAAAUUGGCCCUGGCCGCCCAGGCUGCUGUCUACAAGGAUAUCAUCCCGGGAUAUAGAAUCCGUCCGCUUAGUGAAGAAGACAUGUCCGCAAAGAUCUCGAAAGACGUGCGCAAGCUCCGCAACUUCGAACAGUCGCUCCUCUCGGGCUACAAGCACUAUAUCCAGACUCUCCUGAGUUUGACGAAAUCCUCGAAGAGCGAUGCGGGCGACGCGGCUGCUGGAUUGAAGAGCAUUGCGAUCAACUGUGCCUGCAGUCUUCUUCUGGCCGUGCCUCAUUUCAACUUCCGCGCGGAAUUGCUGCGAAUCAUCGUCAAUCAACUGGCAAGGAAGCGGGUUGACGAUGACUUUGCGAAGUGUCGGGAUACCCUGCAGGAAGUCUUUUAUCGAGACAAUGAUGGGAUUGUCUCCCUCGAGGCUGUCCGUCUUCUGUCCAAGAUGAUGAAGGCAAGGGAUUUCCGAGUGCACGGAAGUGUCCUGGACACCUUCCUGCGCCUACGACUACUCUCGGAAUUCUCCUCCAAGGGCUCCAGAGACCGGGUGGACCGCCAAACCGAGGAAGAGCCCAUAGGCGCCAAGAAGAUGAAAAACAAGAAGGAAUUCCGCACCAAGCGCAACCGGAAACUCGAGAAGGAGCGCAAGGCUGUGGAGAAGGACAUGAAAGAAGCCGACGCCCUGGUCUCGCACGAAGAAAGAGACAAAAACCAAGCGGAGACACUGAAGCUUGUGUUCGGCACAUACUUUCGCAUUCUGAAACUCCGAGUCCCUCACCUCAUGGGUCCCGUCCUCGAGGGUCUCGCCAAAUACGCGCGCAUGAUUAACCAGGACUUCUUCGGAGACCUACUCGAAGCCCUCAAGGACCUGAUUGGCCACGCCGAGCAAAACGAACAAGACGAAGCGAGCAAUGAGACUGAGGACGCCGAAGCGGAUGACAGCACACAAUCCAUGAACACUCUCGACGCCGCCGCCGCAGCGCGAGACUCGCUCCGCGAAUCCCUGCUCUGCACCGUGACCGCGUUCGCCCUCCUGGACGGCCAAGAUGCGAGCAAAGCCGCCACAACCCUACACCUAGACCUCAGCUUCUUCAUCAAACACCUGUACCGCUCGCUGUACGCUCUCUCCACAAGCCCGGACGUCGAAUACAAUCCGGACAAAGCCUUGCGCCUCCCCGACCCCAACUCCGCCGCCGCCGCCGACGACGACGACAAGGCGGUCCAGCGCAGGCGCACCAAAGUCAACUUCCAAACUCCCAUGGUCCUCCUCCUCCGCUGCUUGAACGCGUCUCUUAUCUCCCGUGCCAACGGCAUGCCCCCCCCCGUCCGCGUCGGUAGCUUCACCAAACGCCUGAUGACGACUUCCCUCCAAGUCCCGGAGAAGUCCGCGCUCGCGACGCUUUCGCUCCUCAACCAGGUCACGAAGCACCACAGUCGUCGGAUUUCGUCGCUGUGGCAUAGCGAGGAGCGCAAGGGCGACGGCGUCUUUAAUCCCUACGCGACCGACAUUGACGCGACCAAUGUCUUUGCCGGAACAGUCUGGGAGGGGGAGUUGUUACGGUUACAUUAUUGUCCGCAGGUGAGGAAUGCGGCGAUGGAUAUUGAGAAGAUGGUUGCCAAGGCUUAGUAUCUAUCCAUCCUAUAACUAUCUUAUGAAUCCAUGUAUAAUCCAAUCCUCUAGGAUAUCUAGGUAGGAUUUAAAUUUUCAAUAUAUCUAUCUGAUUGAUGUUUUCA